AUGGCGCAGGCCCUGCCGGGCCCGGGCCGCGGCUCCCUGGUGACCUACGAGCUGGGCGCGGGCGGCAGCAUGGCCUCUGUCAGCUUCCAGAGCGCUGCCAUGGGCAGCGUCUUCGCCCGUUUCCCCCGGGCGCUGCUGGUGCACCGGGCCACUGGGCCGGCAGGCCGGGCGCUCUAUGUCUUCCUGGUGGCCGAGCCGGCCCCGACGCUGCAGGGCGGCAUGACCAGGGUAGUGCAUCUUGCCGUCCCACGGGAUGAGUCGGCGGGAAGCCUGGCCCGCAUGUACGGGGCAUUCAGGGCCUUCAACCCUGCCUGGGCCGAGACCCGGCUCCUCCUGGUGGGCCCCGGCCUCCCCCAGCAGCCAGCGCUCGCGCAGGCCUUUCCCACAGCGGAGGUGCAGCUCUCCAUCUUCCACCUCUGCAAGCGCCUGCAGCAGCAGAUCCAGCAGCUGGCCUUGGAGGGCCGCACCGAGCGACUGAUCCUGGCCGCCCUGAGUGACACCAUGUGCGCAGCCACGGAGAGCAGCCGCAGGAAGACGCACGCCCUUCUGAGGGACCUCAUGAUGCCAGACUUGCCUCAGCUCCAUAUUCACUGGCUGCUCGAUGAUGAGAUCUGGGCCGCACACAGGGAGAGGAGUUGGGGGCAGAGCAGUGACUACUUUAGGGACCUGGAGUUGGUCACCCAGGGGUUAAGCCAGGUUUUCAGUGCUGGGCUCUCUCUCGAGAGCUGCAUCACCUCCUUAGCCCAGCACUAUCAAAAGUGUGUUUCUAAGAGCCCUCCUGAUGCCUUGAUGCACUCUGCUCCCCAUCCUGAUCACCAUGCUGCUUGGGGAGCUUCCCAAAGCCUGCCUGCCUCGGGUCUGCCUCUCACCUCUCUGGCGUGCCAGGGUAAGCCAUCUCAGAACUCUGUCCAGGCUUCCCCUACCACAGCAGCAGCGCAGCAGCAGCCAGUGGAAGCCUCUCUCACAGCUGCUAAAAGUCCUGUGAUUGUUCUCCAGAGUCCACCAGAAGCUCCUCUGCUCCCCACAGCUCUUCAGCCAGAAGCCCCCCAGGCUCUCCUCCUCCAGAGUGAGCCUGUGAGCCCUCAGUCCUUGUUACAUCCUUCAUCUCCUGUGGCUAAACUGGAGGCCAUGGAAAACCUGGAGGGUGACAGUGAGGAGGAGAUUAACCGAAGGACUGAAGAAUGCAUCAAGCAGUCUUUGAGUGAUAUUUGCACAGAUCCUGCUGCCCAGCUGUGCCUGAGCGAGUUUGCGGUGGUUCAGAAGUCUGUGCAGCUGAUAGGCACUGGGGAGGAUGCUCUCAGCAUCCAGGUCCUGGAGGAUGCCCACAGGGUGGACCUGAAAGGCCUGAGCAGCUGCACUUGCCACUUCAACCAGGUCUUCCAGCUGCCCUGCCGGCACAUCUUGGCUGUGCUGAAUUCAGACAGGAAGACCCUGCAGCCGGAGAUGCUCAGCAGACAGUGGCAGAAGGGAUGCGAUGCCUGUCAGGCCGGGCAAGAUAGUGCUGAUGGCCUCUUGGAGGUCCUGAAGAGCUCCUGGAAUGAGUCUUUGGAUAAAUCCCUGGUGGCGUCCUUUCUCACGGCGGAGAUCAGUCGGCUUCUCACCCACUGCAGCGGGGAGGAGUUUGAGCACAGGUACAGGACCCUCCGGGAGCUGGCUGACAGCUGGAUCGGGCCCUACGUCAAGGUGAAGCUCUAGCACUGAGUGGGAGCUGAGCUGGCCGCUCUGUGUGCGGGUCCUCGGGAGCACUGGUGCAGGAGCCUGUUCACCACUCCACUGGUGUCCCAGCCUCCACCUUUACUCCCCUCAGCUUGUCACUUCCUCGGGGCUUGGCAAGGAAGGGGCAGUUUAGGUCCUUUAUCUGCUGAUUGAGCGUCGUCUCUUGCAGGGGCAGCUAGGGAACCGGCUUGGGAACUCCUGAUCAUGCUGGAUGGGUAACCAGUAGCUGACCUGGCUAACAGGAGAUGUGGCUGGGAGCCAGCCACGGGUGGUGCGGUGUGGGAGGGGAUGGUAUAAUAACAUGUGACAAAAUUAUUUGAUCUGUGGCCAGCGCCUGCAGGUUUUUCCAGCAUCCAGCUGUGAUGCAUUGUGCAACAAAGCCAAUAAAUUGGCCUUGUAUCGCUUGG